AUGACUUGUAAGAUUUUCCUUCUCCUGCUUCUUGGCGCUCUUUUUUGCACUUGUGGUGCAAGGAAGGGUUCUUUUGACGAAGAAAAGAACCUCGUUCACCGCCCUGGACUUGGUGGCAUUGGGGCGGGAGGAGGCGGAGGUGGAGGAUUUGGUGGUGGAGGCGGAGGGGGCUUGGGUGGAGGUUCUGGCGGGGGUGCUGGCUUCGGUGGAGGUGCGGGUGGGGGACUUGGAGGUGGAGGAGGAUUUGGAGGAGGAGGGGGUGGAGGUGCUGGUGGAGGAGUAGGGGGCGGCUCUGGUUUUGGUGGAGGAGCGGGAUUUGGAGGAGGAGCAGGGAGUGGUGGAGGACUUGGAGGAGGAGGUGGUGGAGGGUUUGGAGGCGGUGGCGGAGGUGGUGCUGGUGCUGGUGGCGGCUUUGGAGGUGGAUUUGGUGGAGGAGCAGGAGGUGGUGGGGGGUUGCCCUGA